AUGGAUGACCUUUCGUGUAUUUCAUCCACUGCCUCAGAGAGACGACGCCGUGCGUUAACAAAUCCUGCUUGUGGCCGAGGUCGAAAGCGGGGUCGGGGUGAUGAUAUUGUGUUGGAGGAAGCACCUCAAAUCUUGCAAAAUGAUGUGAUUGAUAAUGGUUCAGGAGCUGAUGAUGAUGCUGCUGAUGUUGAUCAGGCUGGCGAGGAGGUACUCACUGGUCCGUUUCCUGGAGGGCCAUCGGAUCCAUCAGUACUGAAGAGCUUCAAGGCACAUAUUACAGCAGCUAUAUGGAAGCAAAAUGAGAGGAAUCCCUCAAGGUGUUAUAAUUAUGCGUCCAAGAUUCUUGAGUGGCAGUGGUGGUCAAGAACUGACAAUAGAAGGUUUAGAGACAUUGUGCAGCAGUCAGGCCUAUCUUCUUUGGUCCAUUGCACAUAUCUGUUCGUGAAUAGGAUUGUCAUAUCUGCAUUUGUUAAGCGAUGGCAACCAGAGACAAAUACUUUCCAUUUGACAGUUGGUGAGAUGACAAUGACAUUAGAUGAUGUGGGUACCAUCUCGAGGAUCCCUAUCAUAGGCAGGUCAAUUAGUGUUGCAACUUUGACAGAUCAAUAG